GCUACACGAGGUCAGUGGAAUCUUAUCAACAACAUUCACGAUACAUUAAGGGACAACGCCCCGAGUCAUUGCCAGUCAGCAUGGCUUCGGCCAUAACACCUGGAAUAGACCUUCCGACGGACAUCCGACAGUUUGUUGGCACGUACAUGGGUAAAAAGAUUAAACAAAAUGCACGUGAAUUAUUCACUAAUAUCAGACUUGUUGAUUUACACGUGAAACCGUCGUAUCUGUUGGACUUUGGUGUGGAGGGUAUCGAAAAACUCGUGUCACUGAUAGAGGAGAUGAAGACUAGGAGAUACAUAACAAAUAUCUUAAAUAUAUUACAACUUGGUAUGGAUGUUAUUAUAAUGUGUCCGACAAUUAUUAAAACGAUGCAAUGCCCAUCAACCGAAUGGGAGUCUAAAUUCACUAUCGUUGAUGUCAGCAAACGACGAGGUGCACCGGAAGUUAUGUGUAAAUGUGUUCACGUCUUUGGCCAAUUAAAACAGGUGAUCAGUACUAUAGAUCCGGAUUUUGAGCAUAUCAGGUUGGUCAUUGUGGACUGUAAAACUGCAAACUUGACCACCAUUUUCGGCCUGUUGCUAGGUUACCCAGUCGUAUAUUGGUUUGAAAACGAGGAUGGAUUAAUGGCGAACUGUUUAGACAUGGAACCUCUCGUGAACUUCAAGGUUAUGGGUCAAGGUCAAAAGAACGAAAGUGAACAUUGUGUAUACUCUUUUUCCAUCCCACAACGUGUGUUUGCUAACCUUCAGGAUAAGGUUACUGAAUGGUUCAAGGUCAUUUAUGACAAUUCUGAGUGGACACGUGUCUUUUGUGAUCUGACCUUAACCCACACGACUGUACAGUUAAAUACAGUCGCUUUAUGAAUAUAUUUAUUUACUCUACCGUAGGAAUUUACAGCUUCGAGCACAGUCAGUGUGUUUUAAAUACAAAAGACGAAAUUAACAUAGAAUCAUCCAUCAUAAUAAAGAACCGUUUAUCAGUAAGUGUUAUAACACCAUCAUAUCACAUAAUAGACCUACAUAUCACGUCGUUUACGUAUAACCUCAUUUACAUGUACUACACAUGUAACACUCACUGUGACGUCAGACUUUGGAAAAUAGACAUGGCGUAAUGGUAUUGUGACGUCACAUUGAGCAAUGUAUAUGAAGUCAAAAUGUUGAGAUCGAAAUUCUAUGUUAACUUAAAUAAAUUGAUAAAAAGCGAUAUCAGAUUCUCAUUCAAUUGAACUCGCUCGAAUUUUUUUUCUUUCGAUCUCAUCUCUAAAAACGAAAACUGUUUCACCCCUUUUUCAAAAAAAAAUAAA